AUCGACCAAUGAUUUAGUCUGGUUGACGUCGCCGUUCCGCAGAUAACACUUUGCGUUUGACGAUAACAAAGUUGAGAUAGCAAGCAUGGACGAAACUUCAAGAGGGUCUGAAGGCACAUUUUUGUAUUAUGGAUAUGGCAGUAAUCUAAUGAAAGAGAGAAUUCACUUGAAAAACCCGUCUGCUGUUUUUGUUGACGUCGCAGAAUUAAAGGAUCACAAGCUAUGUUUUGGAGGACAAAGCGAAUGGAUGAGUGAUAGAUGGCAUGGUGGUGUCGCUACUGUUGAAGAAAGGAAUGGGAGUUCUGUGUGGGGCAUAGUGUGGAGAUUGGAGGAAAAGGAUCUCGCAAGUCUGGAUUUUCAAGAGGGUAAAGGCGUUGUUUACAGACGAAAGGAAGUCAUUGUGACAUCACAAGAUGGUACCCGUCAUACAUGUUGGACAUACAGCAUAAUAGACUUUAAGGAGAGCACCCCUUCACCUCAAUACAUGGAUGUGAUCAGGAAAGGGGCCGAUCAAAACUCUCUCCCUGAGUAUUACCUUGAAUGGCUGAGAUCGAUUGAGGAUAACGGAUACAGCGGACAGGUGGAAAUCAUGAAUUUAAUCGAUACCGAGAGUAGUGAUGAUACCUUCCUCUACUUUGGGUACGGUAGCAACAUGUUGAAAGCUAGGAUUCAUGUGCACAAUCCUACUGCGCAGCUAGUUGGUCCAGCUAAACUUGAGGGUUAUAAGCUGUGUUUUCAUGCCUAUCCUGAUUGGAUAGGUUACUGGAAAGGUGCUCCUGCUACUAUCAAGAAAGCUCCAGGUGAUCAUCUAUGGGGUGUAGUGUGGAGACUACAUAUAUCAGACCGAGAUCACCUAGAUAGUCAAGAAAGUGAAUACAGCGUCCUGGAUGUUACCGUGACAACACCAGAAGGCAGCAGUCAUGUUUGUCGCACUUAUCAACUUGAUGACAAUGUAGAGGAGAUGGCUCCCUCACCGCAUUACAUGAAAGUUUUGAUAGAGGGCGCCAAACAAUCGCGAGUUCCUUCCUCUUAUGUUCAACGUCUUGAAGCGAUACCUCACAACGGAGAUAAGGAUCCCCCUCCUAUUAUGGCCACUCUCUUCAAAUCUACUACAUCUCAGUCGUGACCUGGGCCAGAAUAAUGAUAUUACUUAACUUUCUUUUAUGAUGCCUACACUUCCAUCUACCUUAUCAGUGUUCUUCAACAUAUUGUAAUCAAUUUUACCAAUUUUAACCUGUUUAUACAUGGUUCACCAUAGACCUACAAUUGAUAUCAAUCCAAAUUAUAGGAAUGAUUUAUUUAAUUUCUAGGAAGUUGGAUUCUAUGUAUAGAGUACUUUUCAAGAAUGUAGCACAAUUUCAUGGGUAAAUCAUAUAUGGUACUUUUUUUAUUCGUAUUGUGAACUAAUCAGUGAUGUUAUUUCUUUUUGUUUAAUAUUUGAGUAAAACAAAUAAGUACUUAGCUGUCUCAGAUUUACCUAGGGAAUCUAGUUUAUUCUUUGCUAUUCUUAUUUUUAACUUUUAUGGGCAUUCAUGCCAUACUUUUAAGAAGCAUACCGGUAUUAUGUAGGUACGGGCAGUCAAUUUCAUUUGCUGGUACUUAAGUGUAUGGUAAGGAUGUGAAUGAAUUAUGUUUUAAUGAUCUAUUAUGAAAAGUAACGCAGGUAUCCGGCAUAAAUAUGCUAGCAUUCAGUAGUGAUGUUCAGUACAUUGUAAUAUUUUAUAUGUUCCCACUCGCACAAAGAUAAGCUUCUUCAAAAUGCUUGCUGGAUGGGAGUGUGCAGAUAGAAAAUUUUUUAAUGGUAGUAGGACUUACAUGUAGUUAAUUAAUUGGCAAUCCAUUCUUUUUGAUAAAAUCAUUUGCAUGAAGAAAAAAAUCGGAAAAAAGGGAUGAUUAAAGUAAGAAAUUAUGGACAAGGUACAUGAAAAUUGGGGACUUCUGAAAAAUAAGCUCACUAAAGCUAUAAUUCUAUACUUGGCUGUUGGGUAGGUCAACAAGUGAUAGGUAUACGUCUUCCAUUUGUCAUCUUUAUUUAUUGUACUUACAUAUAAGGGUGACCUACAGAUCUUACAUGGCCUAUUCAAGUCUGCACUCUGAAUGAAUAUUGUUUUUCUGUCACUUCUGACACUGAACAAAACAAUUUUUAAAAACUUAUUUAUACAUUGAUCAUUUUACAAUCAUGUCUCAUUCUCUAUUUGAUACUUUCAAUUGAGAUAUGCAACUAUGAUGCAUACAAUAUCUUUGCAUGUGUGUGAGCUGAUGUUCAUUUGGUAAAAGGGCUAUUGAACUCUAUGAAGGAUUCCCACUCACUGCUGAAUCACCAAAUGCAAACUCUUGUAUUUUGAAAUUUGAACCCCCAAAUGGAUUAAAUCAUGUAAAUUAGAGUUUGCCAUGAAAACCUUCAGGUUUCGAAAUAGGAAUAGGCUAAUAAAAAUGAUUUGGCAGCCAGUCACUGAGAAAAGCAAGCUCAUAUAAACAGAUGAAUACAAACACAAGAACAGCCAAAUAAUGAGGAUUAUUACUCUUGUUCUUGGAUGCCAGCUUGACGCACAAGAUACUCAUACUUUGUCCACUACCUGAGGAGCAAAGUGCACAAAUUAGAUUUGAUGAAAAACCAUCAGAAUUAAUUGUAAAUCUUGUUUUUGAAAGAAAUUGAUUGUAUAAUAUAUAUACCGUAUACAGAUGAAAUUUAUUUUGUAUAUAAUGCAUAUAUAUACUGUAUGUGUAUAAUUUGUUAUGAUUUUACAUUAAUUCUGCAACUAAUACUGCCUGGAAUAAUUGAUAUGAUAAACAUGUGAUGUUUGGUUUAUGUAAUGUGAUAAUGAAUGAUUUAUUAGAAAUGCAUGUACUCUGUGUGACAAUUGUUAAGCAAACAUCCGUCCACAUCAGAUGUUGAUCAUGUGAUUAAUGCGUGGUGGUAACUUUACUGUAUUAUUUUGUGUGUUUUAUCCAAUUAUAUAUACUAAUUUUAUAUGUAUUUGAUGUUGAUGGGUAUUGCGGUAUCUUUCUUAAUGAGCAGAUUGAUAAGCAGAUGGUAAAAGGCAAUUAUUAUUCAAGUAAUCAUAGUAAUAAUAAUGAAUAUUAAUUGUACAUUUAUAUUGCGCAAUUUCUGUGCAUUACAAUAAUACUAUUAUUAUUACCCUAGCUACAGACAUGCUGCCUACAGGUGCUCUAGCAUUUGAAGAAUUACUUCCUACCAGGUACCCAUUCACCUCACCUGGGUUGAGUGCAGCACAUUGAGCACAAUGUGGGUAAAUAUCUUGCUGAAGGAAAACAUGCCAUGGCUGGGAAUCGAACCCAUGUCGCUCAGAUUGAAUGACAUGAGUCAUAACCACUAGACCACGAUGCCCCCACAAAGUUCCAUAUUUAACUAUAGGAUUUCCUGCACUCUUAAUGGGUGAAAAUGAGAUUGGUUUUGCAUAAUUUACUCAUGAAAAGUCUCGUUACAAAAUAUUUAUUUAUUUCCUGACUGAAUUAUAUACACGUAUGACAAGUAAAUCAAAAGAGUGUAAGUUCACUGAAAGCAAAGGAUUGUAUGAAGGGACUAUUGAUUUAUCAAUGAUGAUAUAUUAUUCAAUACUAAUAACAGUAUUAAUUUAUCGUAUUGAUUGAAUAAUUUUUUUCUAGAAAUAACAGUAAUAACUCUCAGUUGUUUUGGGGGUCCUUUUAUAACAUAGUUUUUAGAAUGAAUAUCAAACAAGAAGUUAAAAAAAUUAAAUAAAUGAUGCCCUUCAUUCAUUGUAUUUGUAGUUUCUGUAUUACUCUGCUUGGAGAGAAGUAUUUUUGUAAUACAUGUAGAUGGGGACACCGGCACAUGGGUUCUGUUUAUUACAUCAGUUUGGAUGUGUUUAAUAUUUGGAACAAUCAACUAAUUAUGUUCUGUAUUUCGUAAACCUAGAAAUGUUGCUCUCAUGGAGUGUCCAAUCCUCCUCAUUAUAUCAUUAAAAUUGUAUAUCAUUUUAAUGUAUGAAUAUCAUGACAGAGAAAACUUAUUACCUUGCCCUAUAUUAGGAAGUUUUUAUCUGCAUUUCCCCUCAUUGUGUAGGAAAUGCAUGUAGUAAUUGUAUAAUUUUAACAAUGGAUAAUAUAUAUUCAGGAGAUUUAUUGUUUUAUGACUUUGCAAUAAUAAGAAAAUGCAUGUGUAAUAUUUUCAACAAUAUACUUAUGAAGAUGACUUCUUGCUGUGAAAAUUACCGUCUGGGAUGUAGAUUGUGAUUUCACUGAAAUACUUAGAAAAAAACAAUUCCUGUUGCCGUACACAUUCAUAUAUGUUGAAAAGUGGUUGUUAUUGUAUAUUAAUCUCUACAUGUACUGUGCAUAUUUAGCUCAAAUACCAUUAUUUGUAGCGCCAAGAUUAUAAUGAAGUACAGUAUGAGUUGAGCUUAUUGAAUAUGGAAAUUAAAACAUGGUUAGCUUACAUGAAUUUUAUAAGGUUAGUGUUGAAAGUUGAAACGGUACAAAAAUUGAUUUGGUUUCAUGUCAAACGUGUGUGUACCUCUCUGUACUGUAGAUACUGGGAAAUAAAAUUUAUAUUACUGCAUUGAUCAAA